AUGGCCGCCGAGGCCAGCCCCUCUGCGGCCACUGCAGCUGGCCUGCCCCUGGGCUCCCGGUGGCACCUCUGGGCUGGGGUCGCUGGGGAGAGUGUGGGAAGGAGCCCAGUUUCCUCCCAAGUGAAGGCGGGGGCUUGUGCACAGCGAUUCCUAGUUCAUGUCUUUGGGGAGCUGCCAGCCCUGGAGCCAGGGACCCCGAGGCCUCGGAGGGAGUGGGGCGUGACCCCGCCUGCCUGCGGAGGGGAGGUGUCGGCCUGGUGCUCUGGCCUCUGCCCUGACGUUGCCCAAGCGCCCGUGCUGGCACACGGGUCACCGGGAGCAGAUAAGGCUGGCGCAGGCUGGGGGGUGGGGGCACGGGAGUGGGGACCCUGGCCUGGGGCCGCUUCCCAGCCUCGCACGCUGUCUCCAGACGCCCCUUGGUGUGGCCACUGCAAGGCUCUGGCCCCCGAGUACGCCAAAGCCGCCGGGAAGCUGAAGGCCGAAGGGUCUGAGAUCAGGCUGGCGAAGGUGGACGCCACCGAGGAGUCCGACCUGGCCCAGCAGUACGGGGUCCGAGGCUACCCCACCAUCAAGUUCUUCAAGAAUGGAGACACGGCGUCCCCCAAAGAAUACACCGCCGGCAGGGAGGCGGACGACAUCGUGAGCUGGCUGAAGAAGCGCACCGGGCCCGCCGCGACCACGCUGCCCGACGUGGCCGCCGCCGAGGCCUGGGUGGAGUCCAGCGAGGUGGCGGUCGUCGGCUUCUUCAAGGACGUGGAGUCGGACGCAGCCAGGCAGUUCCUGCUGGCGGCGGAGGCCGUGGACGACGUGCCCUUCGGGCUCACGGCCAGCGGCGACGUGUUCUCCAAGUAUCAGCUGGACAAGGACGGGGUCGUCCUCUUUAAGAAGUUUGACGAAGGCCGGAACAACUUCGAGGGGGACAUCACCAAGGAGAAGCUGCUGGACUUUAUAAAGCUCAACCAGCUGCCCCUGGUCAUCGAGUUCACGGAGCAGACGGCCCCGAAGAUCUUCGGCGGCGAGAUCAAGACGCACAUCCUGCUGUUCCUGCCCAAGAGCGCGGACGAGCGCGAGGCCAAGCUCGACCACUUCCGGAAGGCCGCUGCGGGCUUCAGGGGCAAGAUCCUGUUCAUCUUCAUCGACAGCGACCACGCAGACAACCAGCGCAUCCUGGAGUUCUUCGGCCUGAGCAAGGAGGAGUGCCCCGCGCUGCGCCUCAUCACGCUGGAGGAGGAGAUGGCCAAGUACAAGCCCGAGGCCGCCGAGCUGAACGCCGACAAGAUCACCGAGUUCUGCCAGCGCUUCCUGGAGGGCAAGAUCAAGCCCCACCUCAUGAGCCAGGAGCUGCCCGAUGACUGGGACAAGCAGCCGGUCAAGGUGCUGGUGGGCAGGAACUUCGAGGAGGUGGCCUUCGACCCGCGCAAGAACGUGUUCGUGGAGUUCUACGCCCCGUGGUGCGGCCACUGCAAGCAGCUGGCCCCCAUCUGGGACAAACUGGGGGAGACGUACAAGGACCACGAGGACAUCGUGAUCGCCAAGAUGGACUCCACGGCCAACGAGGUGGAGGCCGUCCGAGUGCACAGCUUCCCCACGCUCAAGUUCUUCCCGGCCGGCGCCGACAGGACGGUCAUCGAUUACAAUGGUGAGCGGACGCUGGAAGGCUUCAAAAAGUUCCUGGAGAGCGGCGGCCAGGACGGGGCGGGGGACGACAGCGACCUGGACCUGGAAGAAGCUGAGGAGCCCGACCUGGAGGAGGAUGACGAGCAGAAGGCCGUGAAGGACGAGCUGUAGCGCAGCAGCCACUGCCUGCGGGCCCCGGGCGGCCGCAGGGGUGCUUGGCCUGCCGCGCGGGGACCUGGGGCCACGCUCACCCUCGCCCCGUCCGCUCGGCCCCAGAGGGGCGGCUCCUGCGCCGGUGGCUCCCAACUCGGCUGUCCAGGACACUUGCUGGGCCGACGUGGGCGCCCCGCUGGCUCCACACUGUCAUGAAGACACCCCGAAUCAGAAUGUUUGGAUCGUAAGGUCUGUCCACCUUCCCAGGCCUCCCUGGACACUCCUGUCCCCGGGGAGGGACAGCGCAUGGCCUGCUCAGCAGUGCCCGGGCCGUGGCUGUGCGAGGCCCCACGCCGGCCGGGCUGGCGCGCCCCCCCACGCACUCCGUCCUGGGCGGCUGGACGCCUGCGCAGGACAAGCCAGGGCCUGCCCCCGGGCGGCCGAGGAGCUGGAGCGGGCGUCUCCAGCAUUUCUCUCAAAGAUCAGAGUCGGACACAUUGGCCAAAUAAAGUCGAAAUUUGACUACG